AUGGAAGUCGUAGAGGGGUCAGCAUCCUAUGGCGGCUGUGACUAUGAUGCGACGAUUGCGGCCCAGUAUGAUUCACUCCACAAGGACCCUAAAAGUCUACAGGAGGAUCUAGCGAUUGCGGGAUUCUUGAGAGAGUACGUGGCUCCCGGUUGCAAAGUCCUAGACCUGGGCUGUGGCACUGGGCUAUUGCUGGAGCUGCUAGCUCUGCAGCCGGAGGAUUACCUCGGCAUCGAUCACUCCGAGAAGAUGUUGGAGGAGUUGCAGAGCAAGUUUCCGGAGCAUGAGACCAAGAAAAAGGCCUUUGGAGCAGAAGAUUUGGAGGAUGUUGAUGUGGCAGUUUCAUUAUUCGGACCCAUCAGCUACGUCGAUCCAGACUUAGUCUUCCAGCUGGUCUCCAGCGGUGUGAACUACUUCCUGAUGUUCUACAAGGAAGACUACCGACCGGUGACCUAUGACACGUGCCAAGUCCAUCCCUAUCCCUUCCAACGAUACAAUCUUCCAAGUCAAGACUUCGGCAGUUUUGCGGUGGUCACCAACCUCCGCACUCCAGAUGGAUCUUUGGCAUUUCCCCGCCAGUCCUUGCGAAGAGCGGAGCGGGCCAAAACCGAGCCUUCCGGGGUCAAGUUCAAGCCGAGUGGUGGACUUUCCGCCGAACUUGAAAGCUACCCCUCGGACAGAGCCGGGCUGCUGAAGGGACACGGCAAUGCGAAGGGUUCGUCCCUGGGGGAAACGAUCGUGACCAUGCUGAAUGCCUAUAUGGGAUCUGGAAUCUUGGUGAUUCCCUAUGCCUGGAAACAAGCUGGCUGGCUCUAUGUGCUUCCCUUCCUCGCGGUGACGAUGAUGAUGACCUUCACCCUGUGGCUCAUGGGUAUUCUCUUCCGCCUUGUGGACGCUCGAGCCAACGAGAUGAAUGUGCCAAUGGUCAGCCGCGACUGGGGGAUGUUGGGUCAGAUGGCUUUCGGAAGGUGUGGCCAGCUGCUGUUCUCUUUUUGUGCCCUUGUGGAUCUUUAUGGCGGCUUGUUGUCAGGAGUGAUCGUGGCAUCAAAUCAACUGCAAUUUCUAUUCCCUUCCCUGUCAACUGCAGUUCUCAGUGUUGGCUGCUUUGGAGUUCUCCUCAUACUGGUCUGCGUGCAAGCUAGGCAUUUCUCUUCUUUAGCAGUCGUUGGUUUGGGUAGCAUGUUGAUCAUCGUGUCUUGCCUCCUGAUCACCGGUGGCGAGCUGGUGGCCCUUGGUGAGGCAGCGGAGGACCAGGUGAUGGUGAACUGGGCAGGACUUGCCCCAGCAGCAGGUGUGGCCAUUUACACCUUCAUGGUGCAUUCAGAGGCGGCCUUGGUCUAUCAGCUGAUGGAGGACCGCUCCCAAUGGGGCCAAGCUGUACUGUGCAGCACGGGCCUUGCGGCGGCAUUUUUUGUGGCUCUUGCAAUGCUGUGCUACAGCUUCUUGGCGUUUCUUCGGCGGUGGCACAGCGCAGUCCUUCCCUAUGAAUUUGGGCCGCGUCCAUUGAACCUGCAGCUGCUACCAGGAGAACUCAACGGUGCCAUGACUGCCCUCUGCCUGAUCAGCGUGACGCUGAAGUUGCUGCUAAAUGUGCCAUUGCUGGCAGCUCCCAUUCUGGAGCAUUUAGAGGAGUGCUUGCGCCUGGGCUGCUGGACGAAGGUCCUCUUCUCUCUAGUCACCGCCUGCCUGUGCCUCUUCCUCCACGAUGAUGCAGCCUUUGUGAUCGAACUCGUGGGCAUCGUGCCACAGAACUUCAUGUGUGCCGUGCUGCCGUGCGCGGCCUUGCUGAAGCUGCAUGGAGACUUGGGAGGCUUUCGAAGUUGCAUCCUUUGGUUGCUGAUCGUCACCUUCGCUAUCUAUGGCCUGGGUGCAACUGUGGCGGCUGUGUUGGAGAAUGUGUCGAAUCAGCUGGGACUCGACGUCGCAUAA